UAGCAGCAGAGACCGUGAGCAGCAGUAACAAUAUCGAUCGCUCCUCCAUUAUUGCUCUUGCUCAUCUUGCCCUGUGCUUCACACACUCCAUUAUUACACAGCAAAGCAUCCAGCAGUAACAACACGGCCGCUGCUCCUCCUCCAUUAAUGCCUUGCCCUGCAGACUCUGCUCUCAAAAAGGGAAGGGAACCACGGUUGCUCUUGCUCAGCUUGCUGUGUGCUCCAUCCAAAUCCAAAAUCCAAAUCCAAGCAUGGCGCUCAAGAGGAGUAGAUGUAGAUCCAUCGCCUUCCUCAAACGCCAUCGCUAGCUAGCUCCUCUGCUCCUCUUCAUCUUGUCCCAGCAAGCUCUCAGGGGAUCUGGUUGGCAUUUCGAGGUGGUCGCUCAACACCCUACACCGGAUCUUGCUGGAGGAUUUCAACAGAGGGCGGCCGGCAGACAGCAGAGUCUGCUCAGCUAUGCUUUGCUUCUGCUUGUACUCUGUAGGACUGCUUCCUAGCUAAAGGAUCCAUACACUGAGAAAGAAGAUCCACCGGUUCCACCAUGGAGGUGGUGACCGGUGCCAUGGGAAGCUUGCUCCCCAAGCUCGGCGAGCUGCUCGUGAGUGAGUACAAGCUGCAAAAGGGCGUCAAGGAGGACGUCGAGUCCCUCGAAAGGGAGAUGAAGAGCAUGAACGCUGCCCUCGUCAAGGUGGCGGAGGUGCCAAGGGACCAGCUGGACAACCAGGUCAUCAUCUGGGCUGACGAGCUCAGGGAGCUGUCGUACGACAUGGAGGAUGUUGUCGACAACUUUCUUGUGUACGUCAAGGGAUCUGAAUCCGAUGCUGUCACCGACUCAAACAAGCUCAAAGGGCUAAUGGUGAAGAUGGCCAACUUGUUCACCAAAGGCAAGACUCGCCAUCAGAUUGCCGAUGCCAUGAAGGACAUCAAGAACCGCGCCCAAGAGGUGGCUGGCCGGCAUAACAGGUACAGGGUUGAUGAGGUUGUUGCCAAUGCAGCUGGCAAACACAAGGUUGACCCUCGUCUGCUGGCAUUGUACAAGGAUCAGAAGGAGCUCGUUGGCAUUGAAGAUGAGCGGAACAAGCUAACCAAGAUGCUCACAGAUGGUGUUGGUGAUGGUGAUGUUCCCAAGCAACAACACAUGAUGAAGAUGGUCUCAAUUGUUGGACCUGGAGGACUUGGCAAGACUACACUUGCUAAGGCAGUGUAUGAUAGGCUUCAAACACAAUUUGAAUGCACAGCUUUUGUUCCAGUGGGUCGAAACCCUGAAGUGAAGAAAGUUUUAAGGGAUAUCCUUUUGGAGGUUGGCAAGAAGCAGGAGCAUAUUGGUGAUGUAGCCAUAUUGGAUGAAAGACAACUCAUCAACAUACUCCAACGACUACUUGAGAAUGCGAGUGUUGGCCGAGCAGGCGAAACAAGAGGUACUACCAGCGUCCUCUUUGGAUCAUACUACCAGUGUUGGUACGCCUGCUCAGGUAACUGACAACGACGACGAUGACAAGGAAGAAUUGGACUAAGAACAAGUGUCCCACCACGACGGUGACAACUGCCCCGUCCCUCGUCCAACAGAGAGCAUCAUUGCUGUCGCCAGUACAUCUCCUCCAGUGCCUGCUCAGCGACGGACAUGGAGGCAGUGGGCGUGCUUUGCUUGCCUUGACUCGGGCAGCAGCAGUUCCGCUGCACCUGCCAAGCCACAGCAGGUUCAAACCGAUGUGGCGCUUCUGAACAGGUUGGCACCGAUGACGCUACCCGGAUCUGACUGAUAGCGUCUUGUGUUUGAUGGUCAGUUAAAGAGCAGUACUACUUUUGUUAGACUUGUCACUAAAAUUUCUUGGUUUGUAAUGAUAGGAUUGUGUGGUGGGGCAGGUUUUUUGCCCCGUAGUCUGUGUCAAUGGUCAUCGUCAGGAUCAGGCAUGGACAGCGGGUUUUCCUGGCUUGCUACAAUCCUAUCUUCCUACUUUGUUAAGACUUGCUGGUUUGAUUAUCCUAUUUUUCCAUUUUCCUA